CAUUUGGCGCAUGCGCAGUCUCAUGUUAGAAUCAUGAUUGGUACCCUGCUUUUCUAUGGACUUUACCCGUUGUCACGGUACCUGGCGCGUCGACAGACAGAGCCCUCGCAGAAGGAUCCCGCUCCUGCACGAGUUAAUGGCACAGCAGUGGGUGAUGGUGGUGGUGUCGUCACAGCCGGUCAGUUUACCCAUUGUCAAACAGCCCGACUGGAGAAGCAGCUCCCUUCAUGUCGAGGGUCAUGCGAAGCGGUGGAGGAAAGGAUGAGUGUACAAUGUGAGGAAGAUACCAAAUGUGAGACAGACACAGAACAAGGUUUGACAGUUCUAUUACACCAAAAGUCAAGUCAAGACCAGACUUCACUGACAAUGGCACCUGAAAAUUUGCGAGAGGUACAAUAUGAAGUGAAGGCUUUUAAACAAGAGGACAUAGAAGCUGCUCCGGUGUGUGAGCAAAACAACAAUAAAGGACUUUUAUUUCCAGUGCCUACCCCAGAGGAGCCAGUAAGUACUAUCCCACAGGAAGCAUUUAGUACUACCCCAGAGAAUGCGGUUUGUGAGCAACUUGAGCUUCUUGCUUCACCUGAAGGCAGCACACUUGAAGUCCAGUUUGUUCAGAAUAGUGCAGUGAGCCCAUCAGCCCCUCCUGCUGGGGGAUCAGAGUGCUGGGAUGACUACAUUGCAGUUAUUGAUGCCUCAAGUAAAAACAUAGAUGAAAGCUGCUCCAUUGUGUGUCUGGUACCUCCUGACUGUAGUUCUCAGACUGACAUAUCCUUUGCUGGACAACAGCCCACACAGCCAGGGUAUCAUUUUGCUGUGGGUCCUGGCCUGACAAAUGAAGUCCAUUGUCCUCUGUGGCAGUAUCCAACACCCAGCUAUUAUCCUACAAUGGAGCACACCCCACCUUUUGAAGUAAUGUGGAGGGUGUGGGAGGACAUAGAAGACAGUUCUGCUGCAGACACACCAGCACUGGUACCCUUCCCCUUCACAAUGACCAAAAUGAACUUCACUGUCAUGUCCUACAACAUACUCAGUCAGGACCUGCUGGAAGCAAACCAGGACCUAUACACACAUUGCCCCCUGGAGGUACUGGAGUGGAGUUACCGCUCUCGAUUGCUUCUUGAGGAAAUACGGAACUGGGUGCCAGACAUUCUGUGUCUACAAGAAGUGCAGGAAAACCACUUUUAUCAACAGUUUUAUCCAAUGUUGACUCAGAUGGGGUACAAUUGUGUAUAUAAGCGGCGCACAGGCACUAAGACAGAUGGCUGUGCUACAUGUUACCGCAGCAGCUGCUUUGCUGAAUUAUCCAUCAUCGAGGUGGAGUAUUUCAGGCCCGAGAUAGAGCUGCUGGACCGGCACAAUGUGGCCAUUAUAGUGCUGCUUCGACCAAUAGUUGUCCAGGGGUCCAAGAUCAAGGCACAAGGCCCUCCUCUGUGUGUGGCAAACACUCACCUGCUCUUUAACCCCAGAAGGGGGGAUAUUAAACUGGCACAACUAGCUAUACUUCUUGCGGAAAUGGAUAAAGUUGUCCAGUCUUGUAAAAGAAAGGGGGAAGACUGUAACAUAAUCUUGUGUGGGGAUUUUAACUCUAUCCCUCACACACCCCUGUAUCAGCUGAUCACAAAAGGGGAGCUCUAUUUCCAAGGUCUUCCAGCAUGGAUGAUUUCAGGGCAGGAGGAUCUGUCAUACAAAUCCCAUGUUUAUAGACUCUAUGCUCCUCUGUGGCCAAACACACUUAGAAUCAGUGACUCUUGCCAGUACACUUCAGCGAAUAAGGACUUGGAGAAGGACCAGAACACAGCAGGAACCCGUCAAUACAGUCACGAGUUUCUUCUACAGCUGCGCUUCUGCUCAGCUGCCUGUCAACGACCAUCAGAUUUGGAGAUGAUCCCAGGAGUGACUGACGUCACACCAGAUGUUUUGAAAGCCCAGUCUACCACCCAGAGGUUUAGACAUUCCCUGAGUCAUGGGUUAGACCUGCAGUCAGUCUAUAAGCAUGUACUUCCAGGCUCAGGUAAUGCUGAAGUUACAACGCUACACUCUCAGGUGGGGGCAACAGUGGACUACAUCUUCUUCUCUCCCAAACUCCCCUCAAACACAGAGGAGCAAGGAGAUGCCAGCUUUGCGAGCAGCGGUUUGAAAGCGAUUGGCUGCCUCUCUCUCCUAUCAGAGGAUGUACUGUGGUCAGUGAAUGGUCUCCCUAAUCACAUGUUUCCCUCUGACCACCUAAGCCUUUUGGCAAAAUUCCAAGUGAACAUCAUUGCAAGAACAUAAUGAAGAAAUGCCAGACCAUAAUGAAGAAGACAGUGCCUUAAAGAAAGAUUGUUUUUGUGCCUUGAAAUGUUUUUUAUUUGAGUUAAAUUGGUUAAAAGAAUUGCAGAUUUGACUGUGUAAUUAGGUUUUGUAAAGUGUCAAAAACUGUACUAACUAAAGAUAAUAUUUUGUCAAUAAUGUCUUGAGUGGUUUAAAUUAUGUUUUAGAGAAAGUACUCAUGCAGGUUCAUCUAGAUACUUAAGAUGUUUAACCACAUGCAAUAAAGGUUUUCAUAUUUUUAUUCA